AUGCCGACCAAUCAUUGAGCGCCAUUGAGCAAGUUGAGCAGCUCAACAGCCAAUCAUUGAGCGAGCUCCUUGCUCAACAGUCCAAUCAGAUGGCCGCACCGCCCAGCGUCAUGAGCCGUGAAAAAAUUCCUCGCUGAGGCUGUGAUCAACAUCGCUAACAGGAACACGUGGGUUUUCACAAUGGAAUUGGACGGCCACAAGUACAGCGUGUGUGACAGGACUUUCUCUGUGAAGUCCAACCUCACUCGGCACAUGAAGCUUCAUGGUCUGAAGGAGUGUCUGUGUGAGGUGAGUGGCAGAGGCUUCGCUCAGAAGCAGCAACUCAGCAGCCACCUGAAGCAGCACCUCUACCCUUUUCUCCGCCUCUACAGGCCAGGGGAGGCCAAGCUGCAGUGCACCGUUGCAGCCAAGGCUGUAGCAGCGGCCCCCUCCAAAGCAGUAGACCCCACCUCUCUGGAACCGGGAAAGGUGGAGGCUGCUGCUAAAAAAGCCGGUGGAGAAAUGUGGAGAGGCCUGCUAGUUGUCACUUUUGGCAAAUACGCAGGGCAAACUUUCAGGUGGCUGCUGGAGAACGACGUGGGGUUGGGUGACAUGGCUGCUCUCUGAGUACUGCCAGAAGGGAGAGAAGAACCAGCUUCUCAAGUGGCAGAAGGAGCGACUUCUGGAGUACGACAGAGAGUUCCCGCCUGUCACCUUCCAUCUGGACAAGCGCUUGGAGGUAACGUAGAUGUUUUCACUCUGAAUACAAUAUUUUUAUAAUAAUGUUUAGGGAAAAAAUGUACAGUGUGUAUAA